AUGGCUCAUCGGUUGUUACGAGACGAGGACGCGGAUGGCUGGGAGCGCAGCGAUUUUCCGAUCAUCUGCGAGACUUGUCUUGGAGCGAAUCCUUACGUUCGGAUGACCAAGGCGAGCUUCGACAAGGAGUGCAAGAUCUGCACGCGCCCCUUCACGGUGUUUCGAUGGCGGCCCGGCCGCGACGCGCGCUACAAGAAGACCGAGAUCUGCCAGACUUGCUGCAAACUUAAGAACGUCUGCCAGGUGUGCAUGUUGGAUCUGGAGUACGGGCUGCCGGUGCAGGUGCGCGACACGGCGCUGAACAUCAACACCACGGACGCCAUCCCGCAGAGCGACGUCAACCGCGAGUACUUCGCUGAAGAGCACGACCGGAAGGGUCGAGCGGGGCUGGACUACGAGUCAUCAUUCGGGAAGGCUGCGCCCAACGACCUCCUUUUGAAGCUGCAGCGCACGACGCCCUACUACAAGCGCAACCGCGCGCACAUCUGCUCCUUCUUCGUGCGCGGGGAGUGCACGCGCGGAGCGGAGUGCCCCUUCCGCCACGAGAUGCCCAUUACGGGGGAAUUGGCGCACCAGAAUUUCAAGGAUCGCUACUAUGGCGUGAACGACCCAGUGGCAAAGAAGAUGAUGCGGCUGGCUGCCGAGAUGCCGACGCUGGAGGCACCGGAGGACACGACUAUCAAGACGCUGUUUGUUGGGGGGGUGGACUCACGCGUCACAGAGGCCGAUCUCAAGGACAAGUUCUAUGCGUUUGGGGAGGUGGAGUCCAUCCGUCUCAUCACCCCGCGCAGCUGUGCCUUCGUCACCUUCUCCUCCCGCGAGGAGGCCGAGAAGGCGGCUGAGGGGCUGGCCAACAAGCUCAUCAUAAAGGGGAUCAGGCUCAAGCUUGACUGGGGGCGACCCAAAGCAGAGGCUUUGGAAGGAGGGGGAGAUGGGGGAGGGAAGCGGUUGCUGGAAGGGGGAGAGAAGGGAGGGGGGGGAGCGGGUGGGGGUGAUGGAGGAGCGGGAGGAGAGGGGGCGCAGGGGGGAGAGGGGGGAGACGGAGGGGGGUCGGGUGGUGCGGCUGGGGGGAGUGGUGCGGGAGAGGGUCCGGCUGGUGGCAGCUUCGGGUUGCUGCCUCGGGCUGCAGCAGGUUCGGCGGCAGGCUCGGCGGUAGGUCCGGCGACGUCUGCUUCUAUGUAUCCAUCCAUGAACCCUGAGAGGAUGGGGGCACGCACUCGCAACAGGGAGGGGGAAGGAGGAGGGGGAGGUGGGGGAGGGGGAGAGGGAGGAGGAGUGGGAGGAGGAGGGGGUGGCGGUGCUGCUGGUGGUGGUGAUGCAUCUGCUGCUCCACCCCUGCACCAGGUAUGCCUCCCCCAGGUGCCCCAGGGCCGUGGUCCGUCAGGUGGCCCUCAACAGUACCCAGGUGGUCCUUCAGGUGCCCCACAACAGUACCAAGGUGGCCCGCAACAAUAUUCAGGUGCCCCUCCAGGUGCUCAACAACAGUACCCAGGUGGGCCUUCAGGUGGCCAGCAACAGUACCCAGGUUUCCCCUCAGGUGCACCACAGCAGCAGUAUCCCGGACCUCCACCCCAAACCUACCCUCCCCAACAUUACCCCGGGCCAGGGCCAGCAGGUCCGGGGCAAUAUGGCCCUCCUAGGCCUGCUACCGGACCUCAGGGUUAG